AUGGUUUACCGGCAGCUCCUCCAUGCUCGCCCUCAAAUUGUGCUCCGAGCGUCCCUACCUAGAUUAUACAUAGCACCUCGUGGUGCUGCAGCUCGAUAUUUCGCCUCUGAAUUACACACGGCUGAUGUACGUACUCGACUGCGUGAGGAGCUCAAGCAGGCAAUGAAAGCCAAGGACAGCUUCCGGUCAACUACAAUUCGCUCUGCUCUAGCAGAGAUUACCAAUGCGGACAAGGCAAACAAGAGCACUCCAAUCGCUAAUGACAAUAUCCUCUCAUUAUUACAAAAAUCAAUUGCACGCCGAACAGAGUCGGCUUCCCAAUUCCGUUCAGCAUCGAGAAAUGACCUUGCAGAAAAGGAAGAGGCCGAAUGCCAAGUGCUUUCGGGUUUCCUUCCUGCACAGCUGAGCGAGGAAGAGAUCGAAAAUCGAUUACGUGAGGCAUUUUCGAAACUCGAAAGUACAACUGGGAAUCCUGGAGCAUUGGUUGGAAAGCUCAUGAAGGCAUUUUAUGAGACGACAGAACGGGCAUCUGUCCAAGCUGAUGCCGUGAGUAAGAAAGCGCGGGAGAUCAUCCAAUCAGCCGCUUCGAGCAAGUGA